AUGCACCAGCACCACCUCUUAGGCAAGAGCCAGGGGAAGCUUCCGAGCCAAUUAAUUCCAAAUCCUAAUGGAGGCCAUGAAAUCACAAAGGUGAUUGCUCACCGAAGUGGAAAAGAGGUGGGAAAUGAUGACAAAGAGGAGGAUGUGAUCAAUUUGACAAAGGUGGAUAUAAAUUCAUUCAAAAUCGUGGUUGCCUCCUCUCCCAAGCCUACGGUUGCAAGUGACAACUCUAAGGUAAGUUCGCUUGUGAAUCAUUCGAUUACUUCAAAAGUUCCCUUUCCUCAUAGGUUUAUGAAUUCAAAGAAGGAGCAAGCUUCAAAGGACAUGUUAGAGACUUUCCCAAAAGUUCAAGUGAACAUUCUUUUGCUCGAUGCAAUCUAG